GGACCAGCGGCCCCCUCCUCUGUGUGAAUCUGUCAGGGGAGUGUGUAUGUGUGUGCGCCAUUGAGGACACUUCUUUUUAAACUUACAGCACUCUUUAGGAGCGGUGGGCAGGCUUUUCCAGAGUGUGAGAGAGGAGAGGAGCCCCCUGUGGUGCUGUGAUUUGACUCAACAAACAGCCGGGCUCAGAGCGGUACCUCCUCCGGCGGACUCUCGGGACAGCGGAGAUUAACCUCAGACUCUGAACAUCUGAGGGAUCUAUACAUCUGAGGCAGCAGCCCCUGUAGAGACAACCAGCUGGAAGUCUUUCCUCUGAUUUCAGAAGGAGGGGACCGACUGCUGGCAGACAAACUCCUCGGACAGAGAGGGAAGUCUACACUUGUAGGAUCACUCUGAAGAAUAAAGUGCAUUGAAUGCUUUUACCAUGAGGAGGGUGACGGCAUCCACGCUUCAUCUGACGGUCACAGUGACAGCUCUCCUGUAUUUCUGCACCGAGCUGCGCUGUGUAGAGAUCUCACCCGAUGACAAAGAGCUCACCUUGGCUGAAGGCUCCUUUCUCAGCCUCACCUGCUCCGGCUCAGGGGAAACCACCUGGGAGUUCAAGAGGGACGAUGUGCCGUACUGCCAAGUGGAACAAGUUCAAAAUGGUGGUCCUAGCUACGAAAUUGUGCAAAGCAACCUCACAUCCAGUGUUUUGAGCUUGUGGAACAUGAGCUGGAAGCACACGGGGGUGUAUCUGUGUGUUGACCGACACACUGGAGAAACUAAGGAGGUGGCCGUUUUUGUUCCAGACCCUAAGGUGUGGUUCAUAGAGCGCUCCCACGGCAUGGUUACAAAGACCAGUGAGGAGAGCAUCGUCCCCUGUGUGGUGAGCAAUCCUGACAUCAACGUCACCCUGUAUGAGAGGGACACUGAUCAGCCCAUCAGGGGGCUGUAUGUCCCCAGCGAGGGGUACAAGGCACCGCUGGAGGAACGGACCUAUGUGUGUCGUGGAGAGAUGAACGGGGAGGUGAUGGAGUCUCAGGCCUUCUACGUCUACAGCGUUACCAUCCCAGAGGCCAUCGAUGUCUACAUCAAUGCGUCGAACACCGUGCUGAAGCAGGGCGAACCGCUGACUGUAAACUGCACAGUGCACGGAGUCGAGAUAGCUGACUUUUCCUGGGAUAUGCCCAAUAGUGAGGAUGCCGAGCCGCUGACAGACGUCCUGCCCAACAUGAACAUGCGCUCCUUUCUGAUCUUCCCUCACGCCACGGUGGCCAACAGCGGAAACUACGUGUGCCAUGUCCACGAGCCUGUCCUAGACCAGACUGCCUCUGCCAGCGUCAACAUCACUGUGCUCGAGCGAGGUUUUGUGGACGUGAAGGCGGCUCAGAAACGAAACAUUUCAGCCCGGCUGCAGGAGAACGUGGAGCUGAGGGUGGAGAUUGAAGCCUACCCUCCCCCUCAGGUCCGCUGGAGCAAAGACGGGGCAACCAUCAAGGGACACAAACCCAUCACAACCAGACAAGAGCAUGAGAUCAGGUAUGUCACUAUUCUAACCUUGGUAAGGGUGAGGACGGAGCAGAAGGGCCUCUACAGCGUCCUGGUCACAAACGGAGAUGACACAAAGGAAGUGACGUUCGACCUGGAGGUACAAGUUCCCUCUCAGAUUAAAGACCUGACGGACCACCACCUCCCUGGAAAGAAACACUUGGUGACCUGUGUUGCUGAGGGGGUCCCGGUCCCGAGCAUCCAGUGGUACAGCUGUGACAGCAUGCACAAGUGUAGCAACCAGACGGAGGUGUGGCAGCCUCUGAUAGCAGAGCCGGAGGUGGUGAGCAUCCGGACCAACGUGAGCUACAGCGACACUCGUAAAACAAACCAGGUGCGGAGCCAGGUGACCUUCCACAAGCCCCAGCAGGUGACGGUGCGCUGCGAGACCAGCAACCGGGCCGGACUCCUCGACAGAAGAGACGUCAAACUGGUGUCCAACACGCUGUACUCCCAGGUGGCAGUGUUGGCUGCUGUUCUGGCCUUAGUCGUCAUCAUUAUCAUAUCCAUCAUCAUCCUCGUUGCUGUAUGGAGGAAGAAACCUCGCUAUGAGAUCAGAUGGAAAGUGAUAGAGUCUGUGAGCCAGGAAGGGCACGAGUACAUCUACGUGGAUCCCAUCCACCUGCCCUAUGACCUCGCCUGGGAGAUGCCGCGAGACAACCUGGUGCUGGGUCGCACUCUUGGAUCAGGAGCCUUUGGCAGGGUGGUCGAGGCAACUGCGUACGGUCUCGCUCAUUCCCAGUCCAGCACAAAGGUUGCGGUGAAAAUGUUGAAAUCUACAGCCAGGAGGAGUGAGACUCAGGCUCUGAUGUCAGAGUUGAAGAUAAUGAGUCACCUGGGCCCACACCUCAACAUCGUGAAUUUGCUGGGAGCUUGCACCAAACAAGGCCCUCUGUAUCUGGUGACAGAGUACUGUCGUUAUGGCGACCUGGUGGACUACCUGCACAGGAACAAGCACAGCCUGCUGCAGAACUACGCCGAGAAGAACCAGGACGAAAGCUGCCUCAUCUCCGGAGGAAGCACUCCACUCAGCCAGAGGAAAGGCUAUGUGUCCUUUGGGAGUGAGAGUGACGGAGGAUACAUGGACAUGAGUAAAGAUGAGCCCUCCAUCUACAUGCCCAUGCAGGAGCAUAUGGACACCAUCAAGUAUGCAGACAUCCAACCCUCUCCAUACGAGUCUCCCUACCAGCAUGACAUCUAUCAGGAACAAGGUGGCAGCAGAUUGGACCUGUUCAUCAGUGACUCUUCUGCCCUCACACAUGACGAUCUGUUGGGCUUCAGCUACCAAGUCGCCAAGGGGAUGGAGUUCCUCGCCUCCAAGAAUUGCGUCCAUCGUGACCUCGCUGCCAGGAAUGUGUUGAUUUGCGAGGGGAAACUGGUGAAGAUCUGCGACUUCGGCCUGGCCAGAGACAUCAUGCAUGAUUCCAACUACAUCUCUAAAGGCAGCACCUUCCUGCCCCUGAAGUGGAUGGCACCAGAAAGUAUUUUCCAUAAUUUGUAUACCACCCUGAGCGACGUGUGGUCGUACGGCAUCCUUCUUUGGGAGAUUUUCUCUUUGGGAGGAACCCCCUACCCUGAUCUGCCCAUGAAUGAGUUGUUCUACAGCGCUUUGAAGAGAGGCUACCGAAUGUCCAAACCUGCACACGCCUCCGAUGAAGUUUAUGAAAUCAUGAAGAAGUGCUGGGACGAGAAGUUUGAAAGUAGGCCUGAGUUCUCCUUUCUGGUCCAAAGUGUUGGGAAUAUGCUGACCGACAGCUACAAAAAGAAAUACAACCAAGUCAAUGACAGCUUCUUGAAGAGUGACCAUCCAGCAGUCACCCGCACCAAACCCAGGCUCUCCUCACCCUUUCCGAUCGCCAACCCAGCUUUCGGGUCCCCACCCCCGCACUACGUCCCCCCGGACCCCUACACCCAGAGCCCGGGCCCCGGAGAAUUCAGAGAAGAGGCAGACACACAGGAAGUCGUAACUGCAUACAACGAAUACAUCAUCCCCAUCCCAGACCCCAAGCCCGACGACGUUUUCACUGAUGUCACAUCAGAAAGCCCUGCAAGCUCUCUGGCUCUGGAGGAGGAGACUGACUCCAUGUCGCAGGACACGGCUGACACUCUCCCAGAAGACGACCGGCCGGAGGACACCAGCGAGAGAGACGCUCUGCUGGGCUGCUCCGGGACGCCCGAGGUAGAAGACAGCUUCUUGUAGCCAUGUCUAGGAACCCUUAGAAAAAUAACCCCUUUUCUGGGAAAUUUAAUUUGUAAUCCUGCCUUAAAAAAGGGAACCUGAUUUAACUAGAAUGUAGCAAAUUUAGACUGAGAGACAAUCUCUGUAUUGCCACCAUGAUUUCCUCUAAACACUAGAGAAGUUUUACCCUUUUUUGAGUUUUGUAUCAAACUUAGUACCUCUGUAACUUAAAAGGCUACCAAUAAUGAGCAGGAUGUUAUCUUCCAGGCAUUUCACGGAAGAUUGGGAUAAUAUAGAUACGGUACUCUCCUCACACUCAGUUUACAGUCAGUAAAGACUUAUGUGCCUUUUUAGUUAAAAAAUACUUAGCCAUAUGUGUCUUUUAAGGCCUUUUCUGUUUUAUAUCACCCUUAACUGUUCACAACCACUGAAUAACACAAAAUGAUUAGCACAACAAUAUAAACAAACCAUAAACAAAUGUACAGAAAUACUGUUCAAACAAGACCAAUGUGUAGUUCACAUUUAAGUGAUAAUCAUUAUCAUUAAGUCAUUUAAUUUGAACUUUAUGUUACAUUUCUUCCUGAAGUACGAUCAGUAGCUGUGUUCACUGUAUUAUAAUAUUUUUAUAAAAUGUUAUUUCCAGGACAUGAAAUACAGACAGAAUCUACAUGCACUGUUUUACUAUAAGAAAUACUUUCUUUUUAGUUACAUAUUCCAUAAUGAUGUUUUUUUAGUUUAUUUUCUUUAGAUUUAUAUGAAACAUUUAUGAGUUUUUGUGAAUUUCAUACUUGUUUUGAAUUCAUAGUUUUGUGCCAGAUUUGCACUUUAUUAAGAAACAAAUUGGGAUUUUCAUAAGGAAGAUAUACAGUAAAUGUUCUCGACACAAAAAAGGGGAAUAGUCCAACUGAGAAUCAUGUGGCUGUUACAGUAAAUCAGUUUCUGUGACCACAGGUGACUUUCUCAAACUCUUAAUACAGCGUAUCACUGCCUUAGCACAAGACGGCAUGCAUGAGUGCCUUUGUAUAAACUUUUAAAGAUCUUUAUCUUGCAGCUAUUGUUGAUAUAUAGAGUUAUUGUACUGUUGCUGUUUGUGUACAUGUUAAAUGAUGCUUUGAGUCUUCUGUUGUAUAGCAUUCCCUCACACCAUUUCCACCAUUAAACACCACACAUUAUCAUUCUCUGUAGCAAUUUUAAAAUGCACAAGAUCACUGUAUCACAAGCUACGGUACCAAAGCUCUUUACAAAUGUAUUUUUUAUAUGUGCCAUUGUAUGUUGUAAAUGUGACAAUAAAUGUGUAUCAUCAUAAUUGCA